AUGCCGAGGUUUCUGUUACCCAAGAGCUCGGGCGCCCAUAGACUAGCAUCCCUGCAAAGUCCCAGCCAGAUCGCCAACGCUUUGAAGGCCGGCUAUGAGGCAUUGGAUUUACUCCAUUCGUGCACCCAGGCAAACCCAGAGAGCAUUGACCGGCUUGAAUCAAUCGUUCAGCGCGCUUUCGAUCUCAAAACCAAUAUCCACAGGAACCGGGAAAUCCAAGCUGCCCAACACCGUCCGGAGAACCGCAACACGCACGCGCUAAGGAAAAGAGCCGAAGGCAGAGCAAGGAGGCGUCCGGAAGCUCUCCGUCCACACCCUGAUACUGAACCGAUUUUAUCACGCCCAAGGGCGCAUAUCAAUGGGCCUCGCCGUGUUCCCGUACUUGUCGAUGCCCGUGGGAUUCCAUUCCUUCGAAUCAAAAAGCCAGAGCCUCCGAGUUUGAGUCGCGUCUUGAGGAGUAAAUUAGGCGCACGGUGGAAGAAGAUCCUUCGUCGGGACAAGUUGGAAGAUGAUGUUUACCUCGCGCAGCAAGAGGACAAGUGGGAUGCUAUCGUGGAUCAAAACAACGAUGGCCGCUGGGAGACAACUGUUGCCGAGUGUCUUGAUUAUACUAUCAAAACAAUACAGCAUGAGGAUCAGAAAAAUAAAGAGCUUGCGCAGAAGAUGUGGGAGGUCGUUCUGAAGGAACGGGAGCUUGCGGAAAAGGAGAAGGAGGAAUUCAGAAUUCAGCAGCUAGCACAGACAGAAUCUGUCAGUGGGGUUGCAGCGGUUCGCGGAUCUAAGCAUGAAGUGAAGGGUAUCGCUGCUGAAGGGAGCAAGGAAGAUAUUGCAGCUGAAAAACAUGACAAGCGCCCCUAACGGUGAUGCUGAGAAGGUGUAUAUUGUACUCUAUAUGUGUAGGCUCGCCCCUUGUAGUGAGAUACCUCUCAUCUGGGUACUUCAGCAAGUUAGUGUGGAUGUCGCGAGAUACAUAGCCGAAACCCGAUCUUAAAGCAGAGACUUCUGCUUAAGCUAUAUAGUUCGCCGCAAACGUCGAAUUAAGGUACAUAGAAGAAGAUUUGGUACAACUUAUGCAGACCAUGCAACAGUGCAUCAUCAGUUCCUGCAGGGCGAAAUAAAGAAGAAAAACACAAGCAUUCAGAAAGACCUUCGGAACUUUGCGAAUGCAGUAACAUCACGAUUAAUGACUUUCGCGCAUAUCGCCUUGCAACCGGAGAAAAGAAUAGGUCCGGGAGUUUGUUAUUUGCCCUUGGGCUACGGGGGAUAUUCUUCACCUAAUACCGCAAACUUGCAAGGGCCAUGAUGCCAACUCAACAUCUAGUAGACUUGUAUAGUAUAAAGGAAAAUAUCAAAAGUUAAACGUUACGAUACC